AUGGACAGAAAGCACACUGUUGAGCAUCUCCUUUUGUCUAGGUCCUCAAAAUUCCACGAUGACGGGGAGAUAUCAAAGCUCCUGGAGUCUCGAUACUCUCUAACAGGAAGUCAAAAGAACUAUUUGUCCUUGAAGGCCACUGAAGGGACACAUGGAGCGAAGCAUCACAAAUCCAUUAUGACUGCAAUUCAACUACCAGGGAGACAAAAUAGAUUCUCGCCAACGAAGACUAAGAAUGAGUUCAAAUCGUUCAUUACAGACAAUCUUAAGCUCCAAGAUAGACUUACUCGCCAACUACGGUUGAAACUAAAGAAGGAUCCUAAUUUACUGAAUAAUCUGAAUGACAUCACGGAGCUCAGGAUUUGCAAGAAUCUGAUCCGAUAUGAGGACUAUAUUGAACUGAAUAAGCUCUGGAAAGGCUACAUGUUAGAGAUUUUGGGUACGACCAACCACAUACCCACGAUGGUGAGCAAGCUUUCGAGCAGCGAAUUAAUUGGAUCAGAACUUGAAGUUAUUCAAAGCCGUUGCAUAAAUAAUACAGGCACGAAAGGAAUUGUCCUUUGGGAAUCCCAACACAACUUUGUGAUGGUGGUACCACGACAGGCAAAUUGGAAGAACGAUAUCAGUACGGUAAAGCCCGAGUUCACUUUGAAAGAGAGAAUCGGCGGAUUGAGAGUGAUAAGCAAGCGAAAUACGAAAUUUAGGCUACAGCUCGAAGCUCAGGAGUCUUCGAUCACAUUUGAUGUUAUCGGAAAUAGGUUGCUCAUCAGAAGUACUGACCGUGCUACGCGAAGAUUCAAGAAUCAUUCGGUGAAAGACAUCGAUGUGUAA